UGAGGAGAGGACGAGAGUUGCAACAGAAGAGAACAGGGAAAUGAAGUUGUCAGACAGGCUAGCCCAGCAGUUCUCUCUUUACAACUAGGCAGCUAGCAAGUUAGGUGUCAGGCUCGGUCACGAGUAGAGAGAUUUACAUAAAUAUCUAAGCUAUGAAGGUCGAAAGUUUGAACAGCUUGUAGCGACUAUUUGUAGACGUUAGAUAGCUGCGGUCACAGAUCUCUGAUAAAGUUAGACAUUUCAUUGUAACUCGCAUUACAGUGAGAAAAGAAAGUGAAGUCAACUCGCUAGCCUGCUAGCUAACCUUUAGCCAACGAACCUCCUUCAGCUUCCAAACUAGAGUCCACACGGGAUUUGGAACAUUAGCAGCCAUGCCUUUCCCUUUUGGGAAGUCUCAGAAGAGUCCUGCUGAAAUAGUGAGGAGUUUAAAGGAGAAUGUGGCAUACAUGGAAAAGCUGGAUGCUGCAGACAGUAAAAAGUGUGAAAAGGUUGCAGAGGAGGCAUCCAAAAAUCUGGCCUCACUUAAAGAGAUUCUUAGUGGAACAGGUGACAAGGAGCCUCAGACUGAAUCAGUGGCUCAGCUUGCACAAGAGCUGUACAACACCAACCUCCUUAUUGCUCUCAUUGCAAACCUGCAGAAGAUUGAUUUUGAGGGGAAAAAGGAUGUGGUUCAUUUGUUCAGCAAUAUUGUGAGGCGUCAAAUUGGCACUCGCACACCCACUGUAGAAUACAUUUCUACACACCCAGAGAUCCUCUUCAUGCUUCUGAAAGGAUAUGAGAGUGCAGAAGUGGCUCUGAACUGUGGAAUGAUGCUAAGAGAGUGCCUGCGGCAUGAGCCUUUGGCACGGACGGUGCUCUUCUCUGAAGACUUCUACUGCUUCUUCCGAUACGUGGAGCUCUCAACCUUUGACAUUGCCUCAGAUGCCUUUGCUUCAUUUAAGGAUCUCCUCACAAGGCACAAGAUUAUGUGUGCAGAUUUCCUGGAGAAUAACUAUGACAGGGUGUUCACAGAGUAUGAGAAGCUGCUGCAUUCUGACAACUACGUCACCAAACGUCAGUCUUUGAAGCUCCUUGGGGAACUUCUUUUGGACAGACACAACUUCACUGUCAUGACAAAAUACAUUAGCCGGGCGGAGAACUUAAAGCUGAUGAUGAACAUGCUAAGAGACAACAGCCGAAACAUCCAGUUCGAAGCAUUCCAUGUCUUCAAGGUAUUUGUUGCAAAUCCAAACAAGACUCAGCCCGUGUUGGACAUACUGCUGAAGAACCAGACUAAACUGGUGGAAUUCCUGAGCCAUUUUCAGACUGACAGAGCCGAGGAUGAGCAGUUUUGUGAUGAGAAGAACUAUCUGAUUAAACAGAUCCGUGACCUGAAGAGGCCUACUGCACCAGAAGAAGCCUAAAGAGGAAAGGACCACUCCAUCAGGUUGUAGAUGUACAGGUGGUGGCUGAAGCUGGAGAGGGCUAAAAGAGAGCAUAGAUGACAUGCGUUGUUAAGAGUCAAUAUUAACUACAAUAUAUAGGAAAAGAAGUAACAAUAACUUCACUUUUUUGUUAAUGUGGAGGUGAUUUCCAUCCACAAUAACCUUAUUGGGCUGAAAACUGUUAAUUAGUCAUUGUGCUUUUUCUUCGAUAACAAUGAUGUGCAUUUAGUCCAUUCUUGUAAUGUUGGGCCUUAAACUGUUACCCUUCUGAAUACCUUGUUGCUGGUACCUACCACCAGCCAACAUGACUUCUGAGGUGCUCUUUAAAACUUUCCCUGAAACUUGUCCAUAUUUAAAUGAUUGAAAAUUGAUGAGUAUUUUAUUUUUCUAAUGCAACUUCAUGGUAAUCAGUUAAAAGGAUACAGUAAUAUUUCUCUCUUGAUAUUUUUUAGUCCAACUCAAUUCCUCACUUUGCUGUAUUUGAAAACAGCUGUGGGUACAAAUUUUAAAUGGCCUGAUAUGGCUUUGGCAGAGUGGCUUGUGGAUCAUAUUGGCCUGGUCAGCACAUAGUUAGUUUUAGUGAUAAAUGUCAUGCUGUUCGGCCUUGGCUUGGAUGUGUGAGAGAUUACAGUGGUCAGGAAUGAUCCUGCAGUGUGGUUCUUUCUGAUGCAUUAGCUGGCACAGGGAGAGGAAAUCAAAACCAUAGAGAAAUCAAUUAAAUGUGCAGUGAUUUUGAGGCUGUGCUCAGCAAGGCUUACAUCACUUUAAAUAGAAACAAGGAUCAGAUAAUGCUGCAGGGUACCAGCCAUCCAUUCCCCUCUUUGUUGGAAAGCCAUUGAUCUCAAUUCAUUUCAUCCUCACAAACUAAGUAAAGAUAGCAGUGAUUCAUUCAACAAACAGUAAUUUAACCAACAAGUUCAUGAGCUUUCAAGCAACUUGAUUUGUGCCAUCCAAAGCAUUUCUCCUUUACGACAUAAGCACAGCAAAACAAAAAAGUAAUAUUGCAGUUUACACAGAACUCUUGCUCACAAAGAUGCAUGAUAAGUGUGUUACACUAUUGAAUUCAAAUAUAAAAAGUUGACAUGUCAAAGUCACUGAGGGACACCACACCUUAUGUGGAUGGAGAGACAAAUUUCCUAUUUGAUUUUGGCAUUUGACACAAUAAACGUCCGAUGUUACCCUUAAUAUGAGAUUUGGGCAGGUGUAGGUAUUAGCAAUUUUUAUUUGCUCUAUCAGGAUCAACCAAAUUAUGUCUAUACAAUGUAUAGUAUGUAUGAAAGCAAUUUAAACUUCAAAUAAUAGGAGAGAAUAAAGAUGGCGGUAGAUGUUAAAACACAGCCAGGAUUUUAAAUACUGUCUUUUUGUCUCAGGUCCUUUUCUGAUAAAACUACAAUUAAACAUUUCAAUAGAAUACUCUGCAGCUACUUAUCAAAUAACUACACACACUCUUAAAUACACAUGAGUUUGUUUUGGAUGAUCAGCACUGAAUUUGAGAUUCUCACUGAUUAGCUACAUUUCUUAAAAAGAUGUCUGUUGAAAUAAUUGCCUUAUCUGCCCGUGUCACUUAAAUGGCUUGCUAGGAAUUAGCUAAAUUCACAGGAUAUUUUUUCAAGAUAUUUUGUACGCACAGUCUUAGUAAUAUAUACCUCAUGGGAUCUGAGUUUUCAAAUGCUGUGUUCUUUUUCCUUUUUCUUCCCAGGCAAGAUAUUUGUUUAAUGAUUUUAUACACACAUUGGUUUUAAUGCGUGCCUGAACUUGAUAUAUACGUUCUAACUUUAACAGGGACUGCGACCAUGUUUUCACAAUGGAAAGCUAGAGUUUUAAACUGAGCUAUUUCAUUUGGUGGUACCACACGAAGGUUAAUUCAUAAUGAAUUGCAGUGUGGUACCUAAUGAACUUUGCCUUAUUUAAAGACAUUUAUUAGAUCUUGAUGUUUGUGUAAAUUUCCAUACCUCUUAAUUUGCUUUUAAACCAAAGUCAAUAUUAGAAGGGUACAAUUACAUUUCAGGUCUCAAAUGUUUCACUUGUUAAUUUACAGAUCCACAUACAGUGUAAGUAGGUUGACUUUCCACUGCAUUCUGCUACAGUGUGAUCCUGUGAGUGUUAAUGUCAUUUUAUUAGUCCUGUAGAAAACCACUAUCUGGUGUUCUGCACCAGGAAGUCUUGAGGUAGGCCUCUGUGGGUCUAUAAAAUGAUCAGAGAAAUCUGCUGUGAAUUUGGUACAACAUGCCAAAAUAGCCGGGAGUCCUGCACUGUUAUGUCAUAGCUUCUGGAAAGAGAGUUUGCUUGAGAAUAUGUUUCCAUAAGAUCUUCCUGAAGGUAUUUAACAUUUCAGACUUUAGUUAUUGUGAACCAUGAUUUUCAACAACUGUUAUUGCAGUAGACUGAACCCCCAUCAACAGUAGUGAUUGUCUCAAACUGUCUGACCACAAACAUACUUCAAGCUUGCUGUUAAACAGAAGUUACAUAACAGGCCAACUUUUGUAAUGAUACACAAGAUUACUGGACUACUGUGUAACAAAUGACAUUCAUUUUACACAACUUAUUCAAAAUAAUGUAAUAAUUGGUCAUCUUAACAUGCAUACAAACUUUUUUGUCUUUGAGUCUGGAGCCAUUACCUGCUCUCUGGGAAGGCCAUGCUGUGCACAGUCAUCCCAUUGGAGGGAGCUGUUGGCAACUAUUGGCACCUUGUAUAGGUUGUGUAAAGAAAGCAUUUCAUUUUUAUAUAACCCUACCUCUAAAUAUGAGUAUAUAAAUCACUGGUAAUGUUUUAUAGAGAUCAACACAAAUUCAAUAUUAUAUAUUUUAUGAUUUAGAAUUUCCUGGAUAAAUCUUUGUUGUGCUUUACUUAUUUUACUUUGUUGCCUUCACCCCACCUCCUCUUCUUUCCUUGUAUUUCUUAUUUACCUUGGGAGAGAAUUAUGUGUACAUAACUUUAUAAGGAUUAAGUGUGAGAGCAUUCAUGAAAAUAAAAAGUAAAUGAAAGUA